GGGCGCUCUCACAGCCAGGACACCCUGCGCCUCUUGAACGCGUCCGGCGCCAGCGCGGCCAUGAUAUUGCCCAUCGGGAGGACGGGUGCCGGCGCCGAGGUGUACCAGGAGGCCCGCGUGGAUGCUGACGUCAUUCUCACCUUCAAGCAGCUGCACGCCGCCAACCCCGGCCUCAACAUCUGCAUGGACAUCCAGUCCGCCUCCAACCUGGCGUUUCUGAUGCCGCACAUCGAGGGGGGCUGCGACGGGGGGUGCGGCGGCCUCAUGUCGUCGCCGCUCUUUGCGGCGGGCAUGGUGUGUCUGUCGGGAUUCCUGGACACGCUGUUCUGCCAGGCAUUCUACAACUCCGACAUUAUCAGGAUCUUGCGCAAAAUUCUCGUUGGGAGGGACAUCGCGGACACUGUCCACGUUCGCGUUCCGGAUCGCGCGUACCACAGCGCGCUCGUGCAGGUGCCCACGCCGCCGGGCCUGGCAGGCAGACGCUUCCAGAGCGUUUUCAGUCAGCUGCUCAGGGAGGGCCAGGUGUGCGUGGGAAUCUACAGGGUGGGCCUGAAUCGCGGCAACCAAGGACCGUACGUGUACACGUGUCCCACAAAAGAUGCGAUAGUAGAGGUGGGCCAGUGA